CCUUCAUCACCUCAGUUCUCUCCGCUCUACCUCACCCCAAGUUCUCCCCCAACAUCCUGUUCCCUGCCAUACUGUCCUCGCUCUGCGCCCGCCGACAAGGGCAUAACGUGCCUGCCAAGUUCGUCUCUUCUCGAAAGCUAACCUCACCUCCAAAACCUCGCAUCGUGCGAUUGUCCACAGCAGGAGCUUUCGGAUUUGUCGGACAGCUUCUUGACACCGAUCACCCCCUCCCCCUUUCCUCCGUUCGUUUUAUUGAGCCGCAACGCGCUCAUUCGCCGCCAUGAAUGACUACGUCCCUGCCGGCGGCGUCGAUGACGAGAUCAACGCGCUUCGAGGACAGCUCACGGUACUGGAAAAUGACCCGGACAGCCUCGAGCUCUGGGACAAGCAGAUCAACUCUGUCGAGAAGCUCGAAGGCGGCUUGAGCCGCAAUUCGAACCCGCAGGCGCUCUCCCUCGCCCGCGAUUCUUUUGAGCGCCUUCUUCAUCGCUCUCCCCUCUUCUUUGGCUACUGGAAAAAGUACGCCGAGGAUGAGUUUGUUAUUUCUGGCACCGAGUCAGCCGAGAUGGUCUACGAACGCGGCAUCGCCGCCAACCCUCAUUCCGUCGACCUCUGGGCCGAGUAUUGCCGAUUCAAGAUGGACACGUGCCAUAACCUCGACGUCGUGCGAGAGCACUUUGAGCGUGCCUCUCACGCCGUCGGCAUCGACUUUAUGUCGCACCCCUUCUGGGACAAGUACAUUGAGUUUGAGACGCGUCAGGAGGCUCAUGAGCGCGUUUUUGCGCUUCUCGUGCGCAUUUGCCGCAUUCCGCUUCAUCAGUACAGCCGCUACUACGAGAAGCUUCGUGGCAUGACGCACAACUUACCUCUUGCCGACAUUGCAACUCCAGCCGAUCUUAGCCGCAUUCAGGCCGAGGUGCAGGCAGAGUCUGCCGCUCAUGGCAUCACUUCGCGACCAGAGCUCGAGGUGGAGCGCGAUGUUCGCACCAAGAUUGAUGGCAUGUACUACGAGGUGUUCACUAAUACUGCCACCGAGGUCAACAACCGCUGGACCUACGAGUCGGAGCUUGGACACCAGUACUUCCAUACCCUUCCCCUCCAGCACACGCAGCUGAACGGCUGGCGCAAGUACCUCGAUUUCGAGGAGGCCGGCGGUGACUACGAACGCAUCAAGUUCCUGUACGAACGCUGCGUCAACACGUGCGCUCUGUACGACGAGUUCUGGUACCGCUUCGCUCGCUGGAUGUCCACCCAGCCCGGCAAGGAGGAAGAGGUCCGCCACAUCUACGUGCAGGCUGCGUUCCUCGUGCCCGUUAGCCGCCCCGGCAUCCGCCUGCAGUGGGCUUAUUUCGAGGAGAGCAACGGCCGUGUUGACGUUGCGCGCGAUAUUCAUGCCGGCAUCCUCCACAAGCUCCCCGAUUGCACCGAGGUGAUUAUUUCUUGGGCGCACCUCGAGCGACGACAGGCCGGCACCGAUGCCGCCAUUCAGGUGCUUCGCGACCACAUCGAUGCGCCGACCGUCAACUUGUUCACCAAGGCCAUGCUCGUGGCUGAGUGGGCCAUGCUUCUGUGGAAAGCUAAGGGCUCCGCUGAGCAGGCCCGCGGCGCCUUCGUUAAGAACGCACAGUGGUAUGGCGACAGCCGUCUCUUUUGGGAGAAAUGGUUUGCAUUUGAGCUCGAGCAGCCGACGGAGACGGAGGGCGAAGAAACAACGGGCCGACGCGUCAAGUAUGUGUAUGACGAAUUCCGGCGCAGGAGCCGCCUAUCGGAGGCGGUCAAGAGAGACCUGGGCAAGAUUUAUCUGGACUUCUUGGUCCAUCGUGGCACCAAGGACGCCAUGAAGGAGUUUUUGGAGGUGGACCGCGCCAUGUUUGGCUCGGCAGCUGUAGCCGCUUUGUCGGCCGAUGACCAGAAUGGCGAGGCGGCCGCAGAGCUAGACGAUGAUAACAAGAAGAAGGCCGAGACACGUCUCUUCUUCUUCUACGACCACGAGGAACAGGAUUCGGCGGCCACGGGCCCUGCCAACUUCGAGUAAAAAGCCGCCGAGUGCGCGGCGUUUGGGGAAAAGGACCUCAUGCCCAGAGACGUGGAGAGUGAGCGUGGGCGACUUUCGCGCAUGUUCUUGUACGAUUUUGGCACCGGGCAUUGGUCCGGCUGCGAAGUUCACGAGCCGAAUUCUCGACGUGAACACUGGCCGAAAGGCCCGAGGGGAGCAAUAACAGAAGACGCAAGGAAGGGUUGCACGAGCUGUACGAAUAUGGAGAGGACAACAGGACGAAGAAGAAGCCGACGCGGAGUCGUCCAGAACGAGACAGCUCCGAGUCGAGCACACGCACGGGUAGCUCCUGGCAGGGCAGAGCAGGGCAGAGCAAGGCUGGUCUGGUCUGGGCUAGUGGAUUUUGUGGCAUUUUUCGGCUUUGGGCGGCUGCUUGGCAAGAUGAUUUUGUCCAGCCAUGCCGUCUUUCGAUACCAAGGUAGCCACGCACGCAGGAGGCAGAGCGAAUUGACUGUAGAGUAGAUACCACUGAACUGCUG